AUGAGCAAUCCGGUACGAAAAAAGUUGGUGAUCGUCGGUGAUGGUGCAUGUGGAAAAACCUCUUUGCUGAUACGAUUUUGCAGAGACGAAUUCAACGAAAACUAUGUGCCAACUGUAUUUGAAACCUACGUUGCCGAUAUUACUUUCCGCAAUAAAACAAUUGAAUUCUCAUUAUGGGAUACAGCCGGUCAAGAAGACUAUGAUAGACUUCGGCCACUUAGUUAUCCGGAUACUGACAUCUUUUUACUGUGUUUUGCAAUUGAUAGUCUUGAUUCAUUAGAAAAUAUUACUGAAAAAUGGUUACCCGAGAUUCGGCAUUAUUGCCCAUCAGUUCCAAUUGUUAUGGCUGGACUGAAGAAAGAUGUACGCUCAUCGGCAAAUUCACAGCAAUGGAUAACGGACGGUAAAUCAAAGUUAGUUACGCCGGAACAGGGCCUCUAUGUAUCGCAAAUGAUACAUGCCAAUAACUACUGUGAAUGUUCAGCUAGAACUUGCGAGGGAGUCCGGGAAGUGUUCGAGAAAUGUGUAGAAGCAGCACUACAAGCUUCAAAACAACGAACAAAACGCCGAACAAGGUGCACGUUGUUGUAA